AUGGCCGCAAGGGAGACAAUGAAGGCUGUUGUCUUCAAGGGUAAGCUGCAAGUAGCAGUUGAAGAUAGGCCGAUUCCGAAGAUUCAAGAUCCCAAAGACAUCAUCGUCAAAGUCAGAUACACUGCGCUUUGUGGCAGUGAGCUCCAUGUCUUUCGAGGCCAUCAGCCGUCUGGAACCGGUUUCAUCAUGGGCCACGAGUUUACAGGAGAGGUUGUUGAGACGGGUUCUGAAGUAAAAUCGGUUAAAAAGGGCGAUAAGAUCGUCACACCCUUCACCGCUAGCUGUGGAGAAUGCUUUUACUGCAAGGGAGGUUUCUCAUCACGCUGCGAAAAGAGCCAACUAUUCGGAUCAGCGACCCUCGAUGGCGGGCAAGCGGAAUACUGUCGAAUCCCGCUAGCAGAUAGCACGGUCGUCAAGGCACCAGCAAGUAUUCAGGAGAACAAGCUUGUGCUAAUGGCCGACAUCUUCCCGACUGGGUAUUUUGCCUCUGCAAAUGCAUUUCGGGGACUGGACCAGGAGGUAAUAUCACAGAGCGUCGUGCUUCUGAUUGGGUGUGGACCAGUCGGACUUUGUUCGCUUGUUUGCGCCCUCGAGUACAAACCCAAGGCAGUCCUAGCCAUCGACGGCGUCGAUGCUCGUUUGGAACAGGCAAGAAAGCUCGGCGCCGAACCAUGGAACUACCAGAAGGAUAUGGACGGGUUGAAAAAGCGAGUGCUGGAACUUUCGGACGGAAGGGGAGCAGACACUGCAAUCGAGCUGGUUGGUCAAAGCAGUGCAUUAGCCCUGGCCUUUGAUCUUCUGAGGCCAUGGGGAAACAUUUCUAGCAUUGGUGUCCACAACGGAGAGAUUCCAUGGACAGGCAAUCAAGCAUAUGGGAAGAACUUGAGAAUUCAGAUGGGCAGAUGUCCGGUCAGAAGUCUAUUUCAAGACGCCUUGGACAUGCUUGUGAAGAAGCAGGAUCAGCUGGAUUUCAUGACCGACAAUAUCAAGCCUCUCUCAGAAGCUGUCAAGUGGUACGAUGAGUUCAACAAUAUGAGGGUUCAAAAGGUGGUUUUUGAGGCAGACAAAUGA